CCUGUUGAUUGGUUUGGGAACUAAUAAUGACAAGUAGCUGAAGACCUGCAAAAGCACAUGUUCAAACAAAACAAAGAUCAAAAUGUAACAUUGAAAACAUAAUCUUUUGGGGUUGAGGGAACAAAUCAACAUUCAGAAAAACCGUUAAAAAAAUUGAAUAAACCGUGCCGCCUCUUUAUUUUUCUCCAAAAGGCCAGCGUCCUAUUCGGCAGGCCACAGUGCCGCAGUGGUUAUAGCAGAUCGGUUCUGUAGCUUUACACUAAGCAGCAGAAGUUAAUCUUAACUAGAACAAAACAGUGAGAAUUACGUCUAAUUACGGACGUCCCGUGAACGCACCACCCACCGGUGCGCACACCUCCGCUCACCUCGCGAAGAAACCGUGACGACACUGAGGUCAAAGUAGUUCGACACACGGACAGAAGCCCCGCGGAGCAACGUGACAGCAGGCGAGGACACCGCCAUUGACCCCGAACUUGGAUCCAUUGGUUAAAGUUUAUAGUCACUGUCGUUUUUUUUUAGCUAGCGUUGAAUCCACCUGACCAAAAGCAAGUCUUCCUGCGAGCGACCGGAUGGCUAAACUAGCAGGAAGCGCCGGUGUGCCGGUGCUCGGGGACAAGUCGCUGGACUUCUACCGGGACCCGGUGACUUUCUGCCGGCAGAGGAUCGAGAAACACCGGGGCAGAGUGUUUCAGUGCCGCGUGCUGAAUAGACCGACCGUCUUCAUCUGCUCCGUGCGCGGGAUGAGGGAGCUGCUGUGCGAGAAGUCAAACACUUUUCUGAAGGAUCCAACUGACUUGAUGACCAACAUGUAUGGCGACACCGUCGUCACCACGAAUGGUGAGGAGGCGUAUCUUCUUCGUCUGUCACUCACCACCUUGUUCACAGGAAGCGGUUUGAAAUCCUCCAAUGAUUAUAUCACAAGUGUAUGUGAGCGCCAUCUGAAGGACCUCUCUCUCAGUGGGCGGCCUCCGUGUUUAUACUCUGCCUUCAAGCGCCUGGGGACGGAGUUGGUGUUGGGCCUUUUCCUCAACGUACGAGCAGAAGAGCAGCCCCAACUUUUCCAGGAAAUCAUGCAGCUCUGCACCCAGCACUGGCAUGGUCUGAUCUCCGCUCCGGUCAACCUGAAAGUUCCUCUGUGGUCGUCGGGUUUCUCCAACGCUCUGGACGCCAGAGACAGACUGAUGGACAUCAUCAAAGACAAACUGAAGAAUGACACACAGGGCUUCGUGGGCUCCCUCGGCUCUUUGCCGCUGCCCGACUCCAGUUCUGCCUCCCAGCAUCUGCUGCUGUUCAUCUCCGCUCUGAUCCCCAAAGCUCUGGCUUCGCUGCUCACCUCCUUCACGCUGGCACUCAGUGGAAACGAACAGCAACGUCGGCGAGCUGCCGAAGAUCCCGACUACCUACGCAGAGUACAGCUGGAGGUUCAGAGACUUUGGCCUCCUUUCAUUGGCGGACGCAGAAUAGCUGAUCAGGACUCCACGCUGGCAGGAUUUCAUGUCCCAAAGGGUUAUGGGGUAAUCUAUAUCAGCCAUUCUGUCCACCGCGACCCAGAGGUGUUCGAUCAGCCAGACAACUUCCUGCCAGAGCGAUGGAGCGGAAGAAAUGCAGGCCAGGAGCACGUCCUGUGUUCCUUCGGCAAUGGGCCCAGAAACUGUAUUGGAACUAAACUUACGGAUGUUUUCCUUAAGGAAGCGUGCAUGUACCUGUUAAAGAACUGCGACUGGUGUUUGGACCCUCCAUCGCAAGACCUUGAGUACAAAUGGCUGCCUGUUUCUCGCCCGGCCAACCCCCCCGCCAUCUCCUUUACCCGACUCCACGCCACCGGAUCUGACAGGAGCGACACCAGCUAGGAUGCACAGUAUGUUUGGUGAUUGUGGAGGGGGUGGGAGAGAAAAACAUGUGAAAAAUGUUGAGCAGCUUACGCCUCUCUAGAAAAAAUACCCCUCUCUAGAAUGUGCAGUACAACCUGGAAAAUAUGUGAUCAAACCCAGAGGGAAGCCAGCGAACUGUAAAGCGCACCCUCCCCCCCCCCCCC